AUAAAACGACGUCGUGCCCCAAAUCUCAAUUCUCUCGUCUUCCUUCUGAUGAGAGCUCUCGCUCGCUCGCUCGCUCGCUCUGCAACUGAACAGUUUGUUAGGGUUUGGCGGUGGUCGACAUCUGAUGGUUUGUAGGGUUUCAUAAGCGUAGAUGGAUAACUCAGACCCCGAUGAGCCGGACAAAAAGAGGCCUCAUUUGAACUCUGUUUCAUCCGCUAUGGCUCGCAACUCCACCACUUCACCUCCCAACAAUCAGACUGUGGAUGCAGCCGUUCUCCACUACCAGAAUCAGAAACUUCUUCAGCAGAUAGAGUCGCAGAAAAAUGGGUUGCAUAAACUUGAAUCAGAAAUAAAUAAAUUGAAAGAAAAGCAAGGUUCUUAUGAUGACAUGUUAAUUGCGGUGAAUCAGCUUUGGAAUCAGUUGGUUGAUGAUUUAAUUCUUCUUGGAGCAUGCAUUGGAGGAUGCCAAACUGCUUUACAAACUUUGGAUCAUGCUGACAAUUCACGGGGUUCAAUGCCAUCAUGUCCCGUGGAGGAGAUGUUUCUUUGUAGACUGUUAGGAAAAGAUUCUAUUGAAGCUAAUGGUAAUGAUGAAAUUAGUAAACAUGUUGAAGAAGCACUUGCUAUGCGUCAUACAUCCACUCAAAUGUUGUCGAAACUCCUGGAAGAUACCUUUGCUGCUCAGAAGGCCAAAAUUGAGAGCAUUGCUUGGGCUUUAAAUGGAAAGUUAUCUUCAGAAGAUGUUAUCAUCCAGUUAUCUAAGAUCGAUAAUAUGAUAAAGGAAGAGGCUAAAAAUCUUCGAGAUGUGAUUGAUAUUCUUCACUCAAAGCAUAAAGAUUAUGCUGAUCAGAUUCAGACUUACGUUAGCAGUCAUUCUAUGGAUCAAUCUGAAAUUAAACGCCUUUCAGGUGAGCUAGAUGAUAGCAUGGCCGAACUUGAGGAGUGUAGAAGAAAACUAAUUAGUCUGAAAAUGCAAAAGGAUGUUGCAUCUGGAAUCCAUACACCCCCUUCGGGUGCAUUGAAUGGAAACCUAUCACCUGAGAAGUCCGCAGAAAGGACUAUAAGUCUACGGGAUUUGAAGAAUUCCAUUGAGGAAACAAAGAUGCUUGCAGCCAAUCGACUUUCUGAGGUUCAAGAUGCACAAGAGGAAAAUAGAAUAUUGUCAGAACAAUUGCAAGAGCUUCAGAAUGAACUGAACGAUGACAAGUAUGUACAUGCAUCUCGACUAUAUACCAUGCGAAAUGAUCAACUCCAAUAUUGGAAUGCUGAAGUGGAGCAAUAUAGAGGAUUGACAGAUGCUCUGCAGGUUGACAGGUCUCUUGUCAUCAGGAGGGACAAGGAACUAAAUGCCAGAAUAGAGUCAGCAGAUAUGACAAGAAACUCCAUUGACAAUGCUGAGUCCAGGAUCGAAGAACUUCAGCUUCAGCUGCAGAAGUGUAUUAUUGAGAAGAAUGACCUUGAGAUUAAAAUGGAAGAAGCAGUCCAGGAUUCAGCAUUCCUUGCUUCAGGGAGAAAGGACAUAAAAGCUGAGUUUCGUGUAAUGGCAUCAUCUUUGUCUAAGGAAAUGGAAAUGAUGGAAGCUCAGUUGAAGCGAUGGCAGGAGACAGCCCAUGAAACACUUUCCCUUCGUGAUGAAGCUCAAUCUUUAAAAGCUUUGUUGAGCUCGAAGACAAAUGAACAAAAAAGCUUGGCACUGAAGUGUGACGAACAGAUGAUUGAGAUUGAGUCUCUUAAAGCGUUGAUUGAGAAGUUGCAGAAAGAAAAACUGGAACUGCAAAUUUUCUUGGACAUGCAUGGACAAGAAACCUAUGACAAGAGAGAUUUGAUGGAAAUCAAAGAAUCAGAAUGCAGAGCUCGCUCACAAGCUGAAGUUUUGAAAAAUGCUUUAGAUGAACAUAGUCUAGAGUUGAGAGUGAAAGCUGCCAAAGAAGCUGAAGCUGCUUGUCAACAAAGGCUAUCUGUUGCUGAAGCAGAAAUAGCUGAUUUAACCGCCAAACUUGAUGCUUCACAGAGAGAUGUUCUGGAGCUCACAGAGGCCAUUAGAAUCAAAGACAGGGAGGCAGAGGCAUAUAUAUCGGAAAUUGAGACCAUUGGCCAGGCAUAUGAGGAUAUGCAGACACAAAACCAGCAUCUUUUGCAGCAGGUGACUGAGAGGGAUGACUACAAUAUCAAGCUUGUUUCCGAAAGUGUGAAGACAAAACAAGCACAGAGCUUUUUACAUUCUGAGAAGCAGGCAUUGGUGAAGCAGCUUCAACUGGUAAAUGCGUCGGUUGAAUCUCUGAAAAUGAGAAUUUUCCACGGUGAAGAACAGAUGAAGGCUCUUCUGACAGAAGCCAUUAAAUCUACUGAAGAAGGCAGACAUCUUGAUGUUAAUCUGGAAACUGCAAAGUGGGAAUUAGCUGAUGCUGAGAAGGAGUUGAAGUGGCUUAAAUCUGCUGUUUCUUCGUCUGAGAAGGAAUAUGAGCAAAUUCAGCAGGAUAUCGAUGAUAUCCAAAUUGAAUUAGAAAGUGAAAGAAAUUCCAGGAAGAACCUUGAGGAGGAGCUCAAGGAGUUAAACAUGAAGGUUGCUGAGAUGAGUUCUGAAACCGGAGAAGCUGCAUUACAGAAACUUCAAGACGAAAUCAAAUUCUGCAAGUCUAUUUUACAGUGCCUUGUUUGCCGUGAUAGGCCAAAGGAGGUUGUAAUUAGUAAGUGCUAUCAUCUAUUCUGCAACCAUUGCAUUCAAAAGAAUCUAGAGAUUCGACAUCGAAAAUGUCCUGCAUGUGGAACUGCGUUUGGUCAAAAUGACAUACGGUUUGUGAAGAUAUAGGAGUUUCUCCUUAGUUGCUAGUUUUAGUUAGUGUUGAAUUGAGGUAGUUUGAUUGGCGUUUGCUGAGGGUAACCCAAUGUUGGAGUCACGGUUUCCUAAUGUUAACGAGGCCUCAUAAUUUAUGUAGGUUUUUGUAAAUAACAUGACUUGAGAUAAUGAUAGAUUGACAAUUCUCUGUAAUCUGGCUCAUUUGGAUAAAGAGAUUCUGAUUGCAAAUGCAA